AUGGCUCUCAAUUUCUUUCUGAAUGGAGAAGUUCUGUAUAGUUGGACUCCAGAUUUGGGUCUUUUAAGAUGUUUAGAUUCUUCUAAAGCUGUGAGGAUUAUUGAACAGAUACAUGUUGGAGUUUGCGGUAUGCACAUGAAUGGACUUACCUUGGCAAGAAAAGUUCUUCGAGCUGGUUAUUUCUGGAUGACCAUGGAGAACAACUGUUGCAAAUUCGUUCAAAAAUACCACAAAUGUCAAGUGCACGACGAUUUGAUACGGGUGCCACCUCACGAACACAAUGCUAUGAGCUCGCCUUGGCCAUUUGUAGCUUGGGGAAUGGAUGCCAUUGCCUCUUACAAGUCGUUAACCAAGAAAGUGGUGGCCGAUUUUGUCCCCAACAAUCUGAUAUGCAGAUUUGGAGUUCCUGAGUCCAUCAUUACUGUUAACGGUGCAAAUAUCCACAGUCACCUGAUGAAAGAGAUAUGUGAACAAUUUAAGAUUAUUCAUCAAAGGUCAACUGCUUAUCGCCCUCAAAUGAACGUAGUUUUAGAGGCCGCAUACAAGAAUAUCAAAAAGGUCUUGAGGAAAAUGACUGACAAAAAGCGAGAGAUGGAUGGUACUGUAUGGCCCAAGCCUAUCAACUCAGAUGCUGUCAAGAGAUACAACGCGUGA